UCCAACUCAGGCUUCUACAACUUCAAGAGAAGCACUGAGAAUGUAUUGUGGUCUUUCUCCUGAGGAUCUGGAAGCUUUGUUGGAUGGGCAGGAUGAGAAUGACAUACUUGAUAUUCAACCACUAAGUGUUGACACUAGUGCACCACCUAAUGCUGAUCAGAACUUUAGUGCACCACCUAAUGCUGAUCAGAACUUUAGUGCACCACCUAAUGCUAAUCAAGAUGCUGAUAUGAACCAUGAUGCCUCACCUAUUAAGAGAACUAAGCCCAGGAUGUUUUUUGGUCCACGUCCAAAGAUAAGCAAGUCUACCAAAGCUUUGUCUCCAAAUGCUAAAAAGCCAAAGUCUCCACUACCAAAUAUGUCAAAGUCUCCAAUUCAACAUGAGUCUCCAAAGCAAACUAUGAGUGAUCCUGUGAAGGCUAUGAUAAGCAAGAAAAAGAGAGAAACACAUGGUGGGACACCCAUAAGGAAAAGCGACCGCUUAAUGACUUUGAAAACCCGUGCUAUAACUGGCCCUGGAAAGGAUUUUGAUGAUCCACUUGUUAUCCAAGAUGAAGACUUUGAAGUUGACAAUGGUGUUGGAAAGACCUCUUGGAAGAAUAUCAAGAAGAAUAUGACUCAGUGAUUUAUAAUAUAUGCAAACUUUUGUUGUUUUGAAGUGAUGAUAUGUAUGCACACUUUUGUAAUAUUGUUAUGUGGUGAUAUUGUAUGCUUUAUGUCAACUACUGUUUUAUGUGAACUAGUGCUUUAUGCACUCUUUUUGGAAUCUCUGUAACAUGUAAUGAA